AUGGAUCCACUGUGCUGCAUCAUGGACGAGUACAGCGGGCUAACGGAUAAAGAACUGAUCGCUCGCUUGAAGAAGUACGCCAUCCCUCACGGGCCAGUUGUUGGAACAACCCGGAAGCUUUAUGAAAAGAAAAUCUACGAGUACGAGACGGAGCGGACAAAGUAUCCUGGAAGAUCAGAGGCCCACACAGAGCCAAGGAGUAGCCGCAGCUACACGCGGGAGACCUUUGUGAGUCCUCGGAGCAGGGAAGAUUUCAACUACGGCAGAGAAGCUCUUGGCUCCACAAAGACGUAUUUAGAGGAAAGCUACGACUCUGCAAGAAAUGAGGAAUAUGCUGACUAUGGAAAUGAAGAACCCAGCCAUACAAAGUCCUACCUGAGUCACGACUACAGUUUCCCUCGCCAUGAAGGACGUUAUACGUAUAAAACAAAAGACUGGGAAGUCAACUCAUCCGAAGGCCCCACCUCUUCCUACCGUUACGAAUCUUCGAUAGGCGGCAGGUCCAAUCUAGGGGGAGUGAGUGCCCGCCAGCCGAUUUCAGAGCCGUAUCUCUACAGUUCCAGCUUGGGGGAUGUCGCUUCCGAGAGAGACAGCGGUUCCUACCAGACCGUCUUCCAUCGGAAAUCGUCCGGCCCGUCCUCGCUGGGGGUGGAACCUCGCCGGGCGAUUCGUCCUGAGCUCCAGGCCCCCAAAAAGGAUCUGGGCGGCGAUAAAGGAACCAAGCGUUACCUACCCCUCUGGCCGCAACUCUUGCUGUUCGUCUUGUUGGCUGGUUUCUUGGCCUUCACCUAUUACUUCUUGCAGGGCAACGCAGAUGACAACCCCUUUGUGAAGUACCUUCGGCAGUAAUGCCUCAACCUC